UCACCACCACCACCCUCACCUCCUGCUCCUCAUCAGCCCUACCUCGCAUACCUUGCACGGCAGGCGCGGGCACCCGUCUGCGCUGCCAGAGCUCAGCACGCCAUGCACGCAGCCUACGCCCUCGCGCCGCUCCGAGGCCUGCAGCAUGCGCCCAGUGCGCUGCUCGUGCACGCCGGCAAGCUCUAUGUCGGCACCGCCACCGGCACGCUGGCCAUCUAUCGACUGCCGCCCGAGAACGAAGGCAGCAGUGAUGCGGCGUCGAGCGAUGCUGCUUCGCACACGGCGGCAGAGCAGGCCCAGAGUGGCACAGGUGCGCUGGAGCUGCUCGAGACGCAUGCACUAGGCAGUGGCAAGAAGAGCAUCGAGGCAUUGGGUGUGCUGAAAGAGUGUGGCCUGCUGAUUGUGCUCAUGGACUCGCAAGUACAUCCCUUCGACCUGCCAUCUCUCACGCCCGCCGCCGCCUUCGUCUCCACGCGCGGAGCCCUCGCAUUCGCACUCGACACUUCCGUGCAGCGCCUCACCGCACGCCAGCACUCGCACCGGGCAUUCGCCUCCGAGUCCGCGUCUCUCGGCCGUGCGUUUCGUCCCGACGGCGGUGCCUCGAGUGCUGGUACCAUCGGUCGUUCUUCCGGCGCAGGCCUUGGCGCGGGUGGCGGAGCUUCAUUGAGGGGCAUGGCGGCUCUGAUCCGGGAGAAGGAAGAUCGUCGAGAAAGAGAAAGAGAAGAGAAAGGCGCGAGAUGCGCAGCGGAAAACUCCCUCGUUUCGACGCUUGCCGUCGGGUGCAGACGGAAAUUGGUCGUGGUGAGAUGGCUGGAUGGAGUGCUGUUUGAUGAGAAGGAGAUCACGCUUCCCCACACGCCCCGCUCGCUUGCGUUUGCCUCUUCUCUCUGCGUCUUCCUCGGCUACACUCCCACGACGUAUGCCCUGCAAGCUCUGCCGCUCGCACUCGCCCAUUCGCCCUGGCCCCUCGCGCGCGACGUCGGCGCGGCGGGCAGCGAAGCCUCGAGCAGCAGCAGCGCCGCGGCUGGCGGUCUGGCCGGCUGGGGCGUCGGCGCGCUGGGCGCACUCUCGAGAGGCGCAAGACCUCCCAUGGUCCGAGCGGCAGCCGAGGGAGAGACACUGGUGCUGCGCGAACAAAACAGCAUCUUUCUCUCUGCCGACGGCUCGCCCGCACGGCGAGACGUGAUAGAAUGGAGCGCCGUGCCGGAAGAAGUCGCCUUCGCAAGGCCUUACGUCCUCGCCCUUCUUCCUGCGACAACGACGGCACAAGCAAGCAUUGCAGUUCGAUCAGCACAGACUCUCUCCGCGGUACAGACGUUGGCGCUUCCUCCAGUCCAGGGAAUGCCAGCAGGAGGCACCGCAUUGCUGGCGCUGGCGGGUCCGAGGGAGGCAGUCGUGGCCACAAGCGAGGGCAUGUGGCAGCUGCGCAUGAAGGGCUGGGGAGAACAGGUGGAUGAGCUGAUGGAGAAACAGCUGUACGGAGAGGCACUGGCGACGCUCGAGGGCGUGGAUGAGGUGCUGUUGCCGGACAAGCCGGCGCGCAAAGCCUACGUCGAAGCCUUGUGGGCACUCGACCUGUUCCGCGCACACAAGUAUGACGAGGCCCUGGAGCACUUCCUCGAGCUCGACAUCAACCCUGCGCGAGUCAUCGCCUUGUAUCCCUCGCGCAUCGCUGGUCCGUUGGCACAGGCGCCCGAGACGUGGGCCAGUCUCUUCGGCGCGCCACAACGGCUUGUGCAGCCGCAGCCGGCGAAGACGAACCCAGAAGAGAGGGAGGAGGAGGCGGGGCUGCCUGCUGCCGUGCCGCGCGCAAGACUCAACGUCGGUGCACUAUGGGCAAGACGACCACAGAGCAUCUACGGCGGCGGCGGCGCAGCAGCUAGCGAGACAGUGGGCGCCAGCAGUGGCAGUCCGAGCAAGACGCCCCGAGCGGCGGCAACGAUGGUGCCGGACGACGAUGCACGCAGUAUCGCCUCGGUUAGGAGCUCUCGCUCCGUGCAACAGCUCGCCAAGCCUACAUCUACAACAACGACGACGACAACGACGGGUCAGGGCAUGGCAAAGGCGACGUCGACGCAGCAGAUGCCCAAGGCCGUAUCGACUGCACAGAUUGCUCCUCCUCCUGCCACGGCUGCUGCCGCAGAGGCAAGCGAUGCAGCCACGCAGCGGCGAGCCCUCGAUGCCCUGGGCCGCUUCCUGGCCGACCGACGGCGCAUCUUCAAGCCCUUGCUCGAGGCGCAUCCCGCCUCGCACGCCGAGCUGUCGCAGCUCGAACGGGCGCCGGCGGAGCUGCUGGCGCUGCCCAACGCCCCGCUCGCCUCGCUGCCGCUCGAGCAGCUCACGGCCGUGGGACAGGUGGUGGACACGGCCCUCUUCAAGACGUUCCUCGAAACCAAGCCGGCACUCCUCGGACCGCUGUGUAGAGUGGAGAACUGGUGCGAGGUCAAGCAGGUCGAGGAGCUGUUGCUGGAACGCAAGAAAUUUUCGGAGCUCAUCGCGCUGUACGGCGGCAAGAACAUGCAUGCCAAGGCGCUGGCACUGCUGCGCCGCUUCGCAGAAGAGGAGGACGACGAAGAGGAAAAGGUCGGCCCCACGAUCCGCUACCUGCAGAACCUGGGCGCCGAGGACGUCGAGCUCAUCCUGCAGACGUCGCACUGGGUGCUCGAGGCCAAUGCUCGGCUAGGCAUGGAGAUCUUCUGUGCCGACGUGGGCAAGGUCUCGACGCUGCCGCGCUUUGCCGUCGUGCAGGAUCUGGAGCGCUUCAACGUCAAUCUCUGCGUGCAGUAUCUCGAGCACAUCAUCGCGCUCGGCGAGGGCGACCCGAGUCUGCACGAAAAGCUGGCGCUGCUGCUGCUCAAGCACGUCACUUCAGCCUCUCGCAGCAGCAGCAGCAGCCGCAGCAGCAGCGACGGCGAAGGCUCGCGCGCCCAGGCCGUGCAGCGUCUGCAUGCCUUUCUCGAGAGCUCGGUCCAGUAUCGCGCCGAGAAGAUCCUCUCGCGUCUGCCGGCCAACGCCGACGAUGCGGACCUGCUCGAGGUGCGAGCGCUGCUGCUGGGCCGGCUGGGCCAGCACGAGGGCGCGCUGCGCAUCUACGUCUCGCGCCUGCAGGAUGCCGACAAGGCCGAGGCGUACUGUCGCCGCGUGUGGCUCGACGCCUCGGCCACCCGGCCGGCCGAUGCCGACGUCUUCCUGACGCUGCUGCGCCUCUACCUGCGUCCCUCGGACGGCGCUGCCUUGCAACUAGAGCCAGCACUGCGUCUCAUUGCGCGCCACGGCGCACGCAUCGAUGCCGUCGCCGCGCUCGAGUUGCUGCCGCCGCUGGUGCAGCUGCGGGACAUCGAGGCCUUUGCAAAGAAGACGCUGCAGCAGGACGCCGCUCGGCGCAACGAGGCGCGCGUCGUGCGCGAGAUCCAGGCCAGCCGCGCGCUGCAGCUCGACGAGCGCCUGCUGCGCCUGCACGCUCGCAGAGUCAAGGUCACCGAGACACGCACGUGCGUACGGCAGUCGCGACGUCCGGGCGAGCCCAAGCUGAUGCUGUCUCUCUCUCUCUCUCCACUCGCAGAUGCCCGCGCUGCAUGAAGCGCCUGGGCAACAGCGUCAUUGCCGUGUCGCCAAAGGGCCUCGUGACGCACUACUCGUGUCGCUGAGAGGGCGGGCCAGGUCGCUCGCCCUCCACACACACAUCUGAUACCCCUGUUGAUCGGCAUGCAAUCACAAGAUCAACGCCA